CCGGCCGCCCCCGCCAUGGCCGGCCGCAGCCUCGGGCUCUGCCUGCUCCUCCACGCCUGCCUCUGCCUGGCCCAGCUCCGAGGGCCACCAGGAGAGCCCGGCCCGCGAGGGCCCCCAGGUCCGCCAGGAGUGCCGGGAGCGGAUGGCAUUGACGGUGACAAAGGCUCGCCCGGAGCCCCCGGCUCUCCGGGUGCCAAGGGGGAGCCCGGAGCCCCCGGUCCAGAUGGGCCCCCAGGGAAGCCGGGCAUCGACGGCCUCACGGGAGCAAAAGGGGAGCCCGGGCCCAUGGGGGGGCCAGGACUGAAGGGCCAGCCCGGACUCCCAGGGCCACCGGGGCUCCCCGGCCCCUCGCUGCCAGGACCGCCCGGGCUUCCAGGCCAGGUUGGACUCCCCGGGGAGAUCGGAGCGCUGGGACCCAAGGGUGACCCAGGACCCGACGGCCCGCGGGGUCCCCCAGGCCCUCCAGGGAAACCCGGCCCCCCGGGACACAUCCAAGGACUGGAGGGCAGCGCUGAUUUCUUGUGCCCGACCAACUGCCCGCCGGGUCCCAAGGGCCCCCAAGGACUGCAGGGACUGAAGGGACACAGAGGCCGUCCCGGUGCCCUGGGAGAGCCUGGCCAGCAGGGCAGGCAGGGCCCCAAGGGUGACGUCGGCGUCUCCGGAGAGCAAGGCAUCCCAGGCCCUCCAGGACCACAGGGCCAGAGGGGCUACCCGGGGAUGGCAGGACCCAAGGGCGAGACGGGUCCUGCCGGCUACAAGGGGAUGGUGGGGACCAUCGGCACGGCCGGGCGGCCGGGCAGGGAAGGCCCCAGGGGACCUCCAGGAGAGCCGGGCGAGAAGGGAGAGCUGGGUGGCCGCGGCAUCAGGGGGCCCCAAGGAGACAUCGGCCCCAAGGGGGAGAAUGGUCUCCCAGGCAUCGAUGGCAAGGACGGCACCCCGGGCAUCCCCGGUGUGAAGGGCAGUGCAGGACAGCCCGGCCGCCCGGGGCCUCCGGGACACCGGGGACAGGCUGGCUUGCCGGGCCAGCCGGGAAGCAAAGGUGGCCCAGGAGAUAAGGGUGAAGUGGGUGCUCGGGGCCAGCCAGGCAUCACCGGCGCCCCGGGGCAGUUGGGCGAGCCCGGCCCCCGGGGCGAGCAGGGACCGCAGGGCGUCCCCGGGCUGAAGGGUGACCGGGGUGAGCGCGGCCUCGUGGGUGCCCCUGGCGAGCAGGGCAGAGCGGGGCCCAAGGGUGAGCAGGGUCCGCCAGGAAUCCCAGGACCCCAAGGCUUGCCAGGAGUCAAAGGAGACAAGGGCUCCCCAGGGAAAACUGGGCCCAAAGGUGGCAUCGGAGACCCCGGUGUUCACGGCCUCGCAGGGGUGAAGGGUGAGAAGGGCGAAUCGGGCGAGCCGGGGCCGAAGGGGCAGCAAGGCGUCCAGGGCGAGCUCGGCUUCCCAGGCCCCUCGGGAGACGCGGGCACACCCGGUGUGCGAGGCUACCCAGGCCCCCCUGGCCCGCGAGGACUCGUCGGGGAGCGCGGCGUGCCGGGGAUGCCCGGCCAGCGGGGCGUAGCGGGCCGGGAUGCCGGGGACCAGCACAUCGUCGACGUGGUGCUGAAGAUGCUGCAAGAGCAGCUGGCGGAGGUGGCCGUGAGCGCCAAGAGAGCUGCCCUAGGGGGAGCCGGUGCCAUGGGCCCCCCCGGACCUCCCGGGCCCCCAGGCCCACCUGGGGAGCAAGGCCCACAUGGACCCAUGGGACCUCGAGGUGUCCCCGGCAUCCUGGGGGCUGCCGGGCAGAUCGGCAACAUCGGACCCAAAGGAAAGCGUGGAGAGAAAGGUGAGCGGGGAGACAUUGGCCGCGGACACCCAGGGAUGCCGGGCCCCCCAGGGAUCCCAGGUCUCCCCGGCAUCCCCGGCCACGCGCUGGAUGGCAAGGACGGGGAACGGGGCCCUCCAGGAGCCCCAGGGGAUGCUGGCCGCCCGGGUUUACCUGGCCCCACGGGGCUACCGGGCUUCUGUGAGCCAGCCGCCUGCCUCGGAGCCUCCGCGUACGCCUCGGCGCGCCUGACGGAGCCGGGCGCUGUCAAGGGACCCCUGUACUGA